AUGUCGAACGAAUGGCUGGAGAAUUUAGGCGUGGGAAACUUGUUUUGUGCAACACAGAUGGCAGUUUGUGAAUCACAAUGUAUAGGAACAGCUGGUGCUGGACACCCCCACAAUGGCACGUCUGCCAAUAGUUAUGCAAAUAAUGAAGGACUCUGUGGAAGUCCCUUGAAGCCCUGCAAACCUGUUGCCCAGAAAGACCACAGCAGUGAAGAUUUCUUAAUCAGUGGCUUUGCUUCUGAGAUCCUGACUUUAAGUAGACUAAAACAUCAAAACUUGGUACCCAUUUUAGGGUUUUGCUGCCAAGGGGAAGAAAAGCUUUUGGUUUACAAGUACAUGCCGAACGGCAGCCUGCAUGAGUGGCUACACUCUACACAAGACAUGGCAAAAGCCUUAGAUUGGGGUGUGAGGAUGAAGAUUGCCCUUGGUGUAGCUAAAGCCCUGUCAUGGCUUCAUUACAGUUGCGGCUUGAAUGUGGUGCAUAAUGGCCUGUCCUCCAAAUGCAUACUUCUGGAUCAGAAUUUCGAGCCAAGAAUAUCGAAAUUCUGGGAGGCAACAAUCAUGAACCCCAAUGGCACUGCUGCUUCAAGUUGCAGUCUUUUACCCAUUAAAGCUGCAGAAUAUGGAGACAAUUUCAGCCCUUACACCAAAGAUGUGUACUGCUUUGGGAUUGUGCUUCUUCAGCUUAUAACCAAAAAGGAAGCCUAUAAAUUCUUGAGCUGCUCUUUUACUGAUAUCAUAUUUGAUAGCUGCACAACUAGUCCACCUCAAAUAGAUGAAGUGAUAACAAACACAGGAUUUGAUGAUAGCAUCUCACGAUUCCUACAAAUAGCCAAGAAUUGUGUGAAAUUCAUGCCUAACCAAAGGCCAACAAUGCUUCAGGUCUAUGAAUCGCUCACAUCAAUUGCACAAGCAUGGGUGACCAACGAUGCUUCUGAGAUUUCAAUAGAUUACACUUGA